AUCAUGACGACUCCGUACUCUUGCACUAGCCCACCCCUUCGUCAGGUCAUAUUGGUGCAAUCUCGGCACUGUGCUCGAAUUCUGCAGGUUCGAUAAUUCAUCCGUCUAUCGCAAUCAAGAAGAGGACCGUGCUUCAUCACUUUCGUUAUCUUCUCCGUUAUCUCCUUCUCACUCGCCAUCCCUAUCAUCAACGGUUUUCCUACGCGUAUAGCGAGACAUGGCCAUCGGAUUCGCUCCUUUGCCGUUGCCCGACUCUGCAGACGCGUCCAGUUUCUUGUCGUUCGGGCGACAAGUGAAAGGUUUUGACCCGACCAACUUUACUCAGGAGGAAUUCGCAACGAUUGAGGAUGCCCUUUACAAGCACGACCUUUUGCUUUUUCGCAAUGCCGACGUGUCCCCGGAGAAACAGUACGCGCUCAACAGAGCCUUUGAGUUGGAUGAUCCAGUCUGCGACGACUUUGGGCACGGCAACAACGAGAUAGACAAGAACAAUAAAUCAAUCUUACAUCCUGACCUCAAGACCAUCCCCCGCGUACCCCAAGUCCAGCUUCUUGGCAACGGGACUAUAUACAACCACGAGGACAUCUCCCAAGCUACGCUCAAGCACCCCUCCCACACGACAUUCCACAAAACUCGUGUGUCUCCCGAGGACGAAACGAAAGGAGCGACCCGUUUCUUCAGAUGGCAUAUCGAUGCCGCCCUCUACGACAACCGACGCACACCCAAAGUCACCACCCUAUACGCUAUCAACGUUCCCAGGGGCCCCAAGCAGGUGUGCCGGUAUGACGACGGAACGGGUGACGAGCUACCUGUGCCCCUGGGUACCACCGCCUUCGUCUCCGGCAAGACCAUGUUCGAUAUCCUCCCUCCCGAGCUCAAGAGUCUCGCCGUGCGCUCCAAAGUCAAAUACGCGCCUCUUCCAUACGUGUGGAUGGCUCCGGCGCAUGCAGUGUCGACAGGGUUGGGAUUGGGAUCAGAGGGACUGGAGAUCCCGUACAAUAAGCUCCCGCCGUGGGAGGAGGCAAAGCGGAUGGUGCUACCUGUUCUGUGGAAGAAUCCGGUUACAGGCGAGCUACAUCUCCAGGUCCAUCCGUGCGCUGUGGCGGAGCUGUUGGUUGACCCGAUAUUGGAAGGAGGCAAGAAAGAAGGCGCGUUGUACCCUGAUGGCGCGCAUCUCACGGAUUUGAUGGAGGUCAGGGAGUUGUUGUACAAGAUGCAGCGACCUGGUAUUGCCCCCAAGCUUGUUUAUCCGCACGACUGGAAUGAAAAAGAUCUGGUUCUCUUUCACAAUCGAGGAGUCUUGCAUAGCGUCGUGGGUGCGUUCAACAAGGAUCAGAUCCGCGUGUUCCAUCAGUGCAACCUCGCCGCGUCGGAUAACCCUGCUGGACCAACUGCGGAGGAUGCGAAGAAGUGGUCCUGAAGGGGACCGGAAAGCUCUGCUUCUCAAUAUUUGCUGGACUCGGACUUAGCUUCAAGCUUCAUCACCGAGGCUGCUGAGGAUCGCUCCUUCAUUUCCGGCGCAAGUGGUCCUGUGUCUGAUCUCUGCUUCCGCAGAACGCAGUGACAGUGAUCCUGGUUCGAUAUCUGAUCGAGUACGCACCUCUGACUCUGCCUGUCCCUGUGAUGCUACUGGUACUGUAGACCGGCGACAUUU